AUGUGGUAUCUGUUUCACCAUAUGGUCCUCGCGAUCGAGUCGUGCAUAGAUGGUCGUGGGGCUAUUCCUUUCAAUGAGGAGUACGACAUUUGUUCGGAGUGCGUGAUCGCUCAGGACCUCGUUGACGACAUCAACGAGUUCCACAUGACAGUUUCACUGAAAAUGGUAUCACACGUACUGGCCACGCUAAAGGGCGUGGCAGAGGUGGCCGCGGCAGGGGCCGAGGCCGAGGUAAAGGGCAACGUCGUGGGCUCCGCCGCUGCUUGGGGAUGGCCUGGCCUUCACCUGGCGUGGCCGUUCGUCGCGGCGGCGCUCGUGGCGGCGCUGGCGCUGCUGGUGGGCGCCCGGUGGUGGUACUGGCCCGGGCAGGGCGCUCCUGCCGAGGCUAGUGGACAGCGCUCCCCUGGCGUUUACACCUACCGGCUGGUCAAGACGUACUCUCACGACCCGAAGGCGUUCACCCAGGGACUCCUCUGGGAGAACGGCUCGCUCUACGAGUCCACGGGGCUGAACGGCCGAUCCACGGUGCGGGAGCUGAGGCUCGAGGGCAACAAGUCGCGGGUCGUCCGCAAGGUCGACCUCGAGCAGAGCCACUUCGGAGAGGGCCUGGUGCACAGGAGGGGCACGCUGGUGCAGCUGCUUUGGCGCCAGGGCGAGGCGCCCGGUCGGGAGCGCGGGCGGGCGAGGGCGGCUACCUCGAGAGGCUCCCCGGCGAGGUCAAGGGCCCCCUGCUGGACGGCUGGGGCCUGA